AUGUUCGGCCCCGUCGCCACCCCCGAAAUUCAGAUCGCUCGAGUCACAGAUCCCGAGCCACGAGUCAUCAAUUACGCACUGGCCGCGUGGAGGGAACUCUUCGCCCCGCGUACGAACAACCCCACUAUCCCCAUUGAUCUCGCUGCUUUCCGAAAGGUCUACUGUGCUGCACACUCAGGCGCAUGCUUUCUUGUCGCUCAGGUUCCCCCUUCCCACAGACAAAUCGAACGCCAAGAGAAAGGCAAAGUCGUCGGUAUCCUCGCUUUCCUACCUUACUCUCCUCGGUUCAAGGACAACGCGGGGGCGCUCCGCCCGGAGCUCUUGUGGUCGAAUACGAAGACGAUCGAGGUGGUGCGGCUCUACGUGUCUGCCGAGUACAGAGGACAGCAGAUUGCACAAAAGCUUAUCGGGAGGCUUGUGGAAGAGGCUAAGGAUGAACAGGCGGAGAUGAUGUAUCUUCACACUCAUCCUUUCCUCCCGGGAGCGGAGCAGCUGUGGCGCAAGAUGGGAUGGAGCGUGGUCAGUCGGGAUGAGGAUGCUUGGGAGAGCAUUCACAUGACACGAAGAAUCUAG